AUGUGUGAACUAACGACGCGUUUUCUGCCCGGGUUUGAUAUGGGUCAGGGUACAAGAGAACUACCAGGUAAAGAAAAACUCGUGGCAAAAGCCAGGAAGGUGGUCAAGCAAUUUCUGGUUUUUGACAGCCUUUCACCCAUGGAGUCCAGCGUAGAAAAGUGUUUGGAUCCGAAAAUUACAGUGUCACAUGGUAAACAAUCAACGGUGGCAGUUUCAUCUGAUACGAAGAAUGCUGAAAGCCAGACGGAGAACUUAGAAGAAGAAUCCGGUACGAUGAUGCACGAUAAGGCGUGUACCGAAGUUGCUGACGGAUUAUUUCUGGUAGAGCACGGGAUGAAGACGAAAGCAUAG